GUGAGGUUUCAUUACAAGUGAUCAUUCUGUUUUUGCAACAACCCUUCUGGCAUUUAUGUGUCUGCUGAAUCUCCCUUCGUCGUCUUCUUCUCUCCCAAUCCCAAGUGGCUCUUUGAGAGUGACCAUUCUUUGAAUUGUUUCUCCAGAUUUUAUUUUUCUCAUCAUCUUUAUGUCCUUUCUCCUUCAAUCUCUCCUUUGUUAGUUCCUUUCACUUAUCCUUCUGUUUAGUUAAUCUCUCUCUCUCUCUCUCUCUCUCUCUCUCCUUUUCCGGGUAGAAUGUGAAGUUGUCUCCUUUGGUCUGUUUCCCUGGUCGAGUGCAUGUGCAGCGUGAAGUCAAACCAUUAGAAAACCGAGAAACGCAGAGCUGUUGAACUGAUAUCGGAUUUCAGAUUCCGGGUUUUGUCGGAAAAUGAGAUUUGGGUCGGAGGAUAAGGCGAUACGCUACGGAUUAGGACCGUCGACGCCGGAGAUUUCCAACGGUAAUGGAGCAAUCAGCUUAGAGUUCCGUAAAAUCGGUUCGAACCGGACGCCGAACCACCACCGGUCGGCGAUUGGAAAGCCGACGCCGUCGAAGUGGGACGAUGCCCAGAAAUGGCUCUCCGGUGUCGGAUUGACCCACAAAAGUCAUUGCUCCAAAAAUAGCGCCAAACCCAGAAACUCAAACGCCGAUGACCGGAGACUCAUCGCAUCUGCCUCACAGAGAGAGCGAGAAGAAGCCGACGAAAAUGGAGCUUAUGGGCCAAUGGGAAGAGCGGAGGUGGAGACGAAGAAGGUGGAUUCGGAGGAACCGGGUUCGAUAUGGAUGAUCAACAGAAAACCGCCGGAGAAUAUUCCGGAGACGGUGAUUCGAUCGGUUUGUGUGAGGGAUAUGGGGACGGAGAUGACGCCGAUCGGGAGCAAAGAGCCAUCGAGGACGGCGACGCCGGUGAGGAACACAACGCCGGCGGCCAGAAGCCCUGUCUCAUCGCCGACGAGGGUUGGUGAAACGGUGCCGGAGAUGGUGACGGAGACUAAGAGCCAAGUGAAUAAGAGUUCUGGUGAGGAUAUCAGUAAUGGUGAUAAUAAGGUUGGGAAGACGAUGAAGGCUUUGGAAGCUCGAGCUAUGGCGUGGGACGAAGCGGAACGAGCUAAGUACAUGGCAAGGUAUAAGAAGGAAGAGGUGAAGAUCCAAGCAUGGGAGAAUCACCAAAAGAGGAAGGCUGAGAUGGAGAUGAAGAAAAUGGAGGCGAAGGCGGAGAGGAUGAAAACGAGGGCACAGGAGAAACUGGCGAAUAAGCUCGUGGCAACGAGGAGGAUAGCGGAAGAGAGGCGGGCAAAUGUGGCGGCGAAACUGAACGAGAAGGGGGUGAGGACGUCGGAGAAGGCGGACUAUAUGAGGAGGAAAGGUCACUUGCCUUCCUCUUUCCUCUCCUUCAAGCUUCCUUCUCUAUGUUGGUAGGAGGAGGAGGAGGACGCAUUCACUUUCCAUUCCACCUCCCUCUUCUCUCUGUUGCUGUAUUCUUUCUUUCUUACAAGUUACAAAGAGUUUCCUUACUAGGCAAUGGGAAAAAAACCCUCAUAAAAUCUAAUGGUUUGAUGAAAGUAUAUACUAAGGGUUAAAUGGUU